AGGAAGUGGCAGGUCCCCUAUGUGACUCACUAGCGGUAGGUAGCGGGGCGACAGAGCCUUCCCUUGUGUGAUCUGGACAGGGCCUUGGGGAAGGCCAGACGCGGAUCAGACCACCCUCUUGUUGGCGCCGACCCCACCCCGCUGCAGCAGUGGGUCCCUGCAGAACCAGCACUGAGACAGCUUUGCUCAGCCCAACUGUGGCAGAUGGGACGUCAGCCUCAGAGGUGCAAGAGGUGACCAAGACCCACACCACCGAUGGAGCUGCGGUUCCCUGGGGCUCCUGCCUGGCUCCACCAGCCAGCCUGAAGCCAGAAGCCUAGACCCACAGAGGAUGCUGUGGGCCAUCAGAUGUCGCCCAGGCCAGGGGCUGUCCUGAGGGUGCGGCUGCAGCAGUGUGCUCGGGCCCGAAGAUGCCAGCCAAGGGGCGCUACUUCCUCAAUGAGGGCGAGGAAGGCCCAGACCAGGUGGCACUCUAUGAGAAGUACCGCCUCACCAGCCAGCAAGGGCCGCUGCUGCUCAUCCUGCUGGUGGCCGCCACUGCCGCCUGCCUCACCCUUGUUGCCUUUGCCUUCAGCCACGGGGAUCCAGCUCAACACCAGGCCCUGCUGGCCACGGCCUUCCUGACACUCGCCGUGUUUGUGGCCAUCUAUGUGCUGGUAUAUGCCGAGUGCCUCGUCCGGCGGUGGCUCAGGGCGGUGGCGCUGCUCACCUGGGCCUGCCUCAUGACGCUGGGUUACGUGCUGGUGUUUGAUUCACGGACGAAGGAGGCCUGUGCGUGGGAGCAGGUGCCCUUCUUCUUGUUCCUGGUCUUUGUGGUAUACACGCUGCUGCCCUUCAGCAUGCAGGUGGCCGUGGCUGUGGGGGUGAUCUCCACUGCCUCCCACCUCCUGGUGGUGGGUGCUGUGAGGGAGGUCUUCACCAAGCCCAGCGCCCAGGUGGGGCUGCAGCUUCUGGCCAACGCUGUCAUCUUCCUGUGUGGCAACCUCACGGGUGCCUUCCACAAGCACCAGCUGCAGGAUGCCUCCCGGGACCUCUUCACCCACACGGUCAAGUGCAUCCAGAUCCGCCGGAAGCUGCGCAUUGAGAAGCGCCAGCAGGAGAACCUGCUACUGUCCGUGCUGCCUGCGCACAUAUCCAUGGGCAUGAAACUGGCCAUCAUUGAGCGGCUCAAGGAGCACAGGGACCGCCGCUACCCACCUGACAACAACUUCCACAGCCUCUAUGUGAAGCGUCAUCAGAAUGUCAGCAUCCUCUAUGCUGACAUCGUGGGCUUCACACGCCUGGCCAGCGACUGCUCCCCCAAGGAACUGGUGGUUGUGCUCAAUGAGCUCUUUGGCAAGUUUGACCAGAUCGCCAAGGCCAACGAGUGCAUGCGGAUCAAGAUUCUGGGUGAUUGCUACUACUGUGUGUCAGGCUUGCCUGUGUCCCUGCCCACCCAUGCCCGGAACUGCGUGAAGAUGGGGCUGGACAUGUGUGAGGCCAUCAAGCAGGUCCGGGAGGCCACAGGUGUGGACAUCAGCAUGCGUGUGGGCAUACACUCGGGAAACGUGCUGUGCGGUGUCAUCGGGCUACGCAAGUGGCAGUAUGACGUGUGGUCCCAUGACGUGUCACUGGCCAACAGGAUGGAGGCGGCUGGAGUCCCAGGCCGGGUGCACAUCACAGAGGCGACCCUGAACCACCUGGACAAGGCGUACGAGGUGGAGGAAGGGCAUGGGCAGCAGCGUGACCCCUACCUGAAGGAGAUGAACAUCCGCACCUACCUGGUCAUCGAUCCGCGGAGCCAGCAGCCACCCCCACCCAGCCAGCAGCUGCCCAGGCCCAGAGGGGAUGCAGCGCUGAAGAUGCGAGCAUCAGUCCGCAUGACCCGCUACCUAGAGUCCUGGGGGGCAGCACGGCCCUUUGCUCACCUCAACCACCGUGAGAGUGUGAGCAGCGGUGAGACCCCCAUCCUCAGAAGCCGGAGGCCCAAGGCUAUUCCCCUACGGCGACACCGGACCCCUGACAGGAGCACAUCCCCACGGGGGCGGGCAGAUGACGACUCUUACGAUGAUGAGAUGCUAUAUGCCAUCGAGAGCCUCAGCUCCACCAGGCCCUGCUGUUCUAAGUCCGAUGACUUCCACACCUUUGGGUCCAUCUUCCUUGAGAAGAGCUUUGAACGAGAGUACCGCCUGGCACCUGUGCCCCGGGCCCGCCGUGACUUUGCCUGUGCCGGCCUCAUCUUUGUCUGCAUCCUGCUCGUCCAUGUCCUGGUGAUGCCCAGGACGAUGGCCCUGGGUGUGUCUUUUGGGCUGGUUGCCUACCUGCUGGCAGUGGUGCUCGGCCUGUGCUUUGCCAGUGAGCUGUUGAAAGGCUGCCUGGCCCCCGGGACACGCCAAGCCAUCUCCGAGAGGGUGGAGACACAGCCCUUGCUGAGACUGACACUGACUGUGCUCACCAUCGGCAGCCUGAUCACUGUGGCUGUCAUCACCCUGCCCCUGACACCUAGCCCGGCCUCAGGGCUGCCUGUUGGUAACGAGACGAGCCCAGUGAGCCUAAGCAGCAAGGAUAGGAUCCUAUGCCAGGUCUUGCAGUAUUAUACCUGCACGUGCAUCCUGGGCUUCGUGGCCUGCUCCGUCUUCCUGCGGAUGAGUCUGGAGUUGAAGGUCUUGCUGCUGACAGUGGCCCUGGUGGCCUAUCUGCUGCUCUUCAACCUCCCCGCCCACUUCUCCCUCUGCUGGCAGCAGGACUGCUGCAGUUCGGGCCUGGGCAACCUCACCCAGCCCAACGGUACCCUCAGCAGCGCCUCCAGCUGUCUUUGGGAUCUGAAGAUCAUGAUCAAUUUCUACCUGGUCCUGUUUUAUGCGACUCUGGUCAUGCUUUCCAGACAGAUCGACUAUUACUGCCGCCUGGACUGUCUGUGGAAGAAGAAGUUCAGGACGGAGCAGGAGGAGUUCGAGACCAUGGAGAACGUGAACCGCCUCCUCCUGGAGAACGUCCUGCCGGCGCACGUGGCCGCGCACUUCAUCGGGGACAAACUCAACGAGGACUGGUACCAUCAGUCCUACGACUGCGUCUGUGUCAUGUUUGCAUCCGUGCCGGACUUCAAAGUGUUCUACACUGAGUGUGACGUCAACAAGGAAGGGCUGGAGUGUCUGCGGCUGCUCAACGAGAUCAUCGCCGACUUCGAUGAGCUGCUGCUGAAGCCCAAGUUCAGUGGUGUGGAGAAGAUCAAGACUAUUGGCAGCACAUACAUGGCGGCUGCAGGGCUCAGUGUCACCUCAGGGCACGAGAACCAGGACGUGGAGCGGCAGCAUGCCCACAUCGGCGUCAUGGUGGAGUUCAGCAUGGCCUUGAUGAGCAAGCUGGACGGCAUCAACCGGCACUCCUUCAACUCCUUCCGCCUGCGAGUCGGCAUAAACCACGGGCCCGUAAUUGCUGGCGUGAUUGGGGCACGGAAACCUCAGUACGACAUCUGGGGCAACACAGUCAAUGUGGCCAGCCGAAUGGAGAGCACUGGAGAGCUGGGCAAAAUCCAGGUGACUGAAGAGACUUGCACCAUCCUCCAGGGACUAGGCUACUCCUGCGAGUGCCGGGGGCUGAUCAACGUCAAAGGCAAAGGCGAACUGAGGACUUACUUUGUCUGUACAGACACUGCCAAGGUUCAAGGGCUCGGGCUGAACUGAGGGCUCUGGUGGGUUCAGGAUGCGCUGGGGAGCCGCUUUCCUCUCUCUAGCCAGCUGAGAAGCCCGGCUCCUGCCAGGCAGAGGGAGUCAUCCCAAGGCUUCAGCGAGACACCUCCUGCCAGGUGGCUGUGCGUAGCCUGCGUGGAUCUGCACGACGACACUUCUCAGAUGUGUACGCCAGAUCCUGGUCAAAGUGGCCCUGAGCCGUACCACCGUGCCGGCCAGGACUCGGUGCUGUGGGCCUGCAGGGACUCCUGGGUCAGCCAGGACAGGUGCGACCCGGUGACUUCGAGAUCUCUGUUCCUGAGGUGUGUGGAGGUUAUUUUAGAGCCCAACUGAAGAGUUAUCCUCCCUGGGGCAGCCUGUGCGCAUGCCUGAGGAAGACUGGCUUCUCCCAGAGGAGGAGCAUGCCUAAGGCAAGGUGCCUGCCAUGCCUGGCCCAAGGGCCCCUUCUCCCCAGAGGGACGGCUGCACUGUGUGAUCGCCAAGGCCUCCUGGCAAAUGUAGCCGAGAAAGGAAGAGGAAAAAACGCCCUGUGACUGACACUGGUGACUCCUUGCCAUCUUUGACGUGCGGCUGUUUUAAAGGGCUACAUUGUUAUGACGGGGUUUUUAUUCUUUCACAUACUUUGAUGCGCUCUUCGCGCCAGCAUAUUCGUGGCCCUGCUAGGCACUGACAUUUGAGGAGGGCUGCCAUCCAGUGCUGGCUGACGGGCUUACCGAGGGGCUCAGCAUCCUGAGCAACGUGCAGUGCGGGACAUGUGACCUUCAGUCGGGCACCUCUGCUGCGAGCACGUGGGAUGAUGGUCACUAAGCUGAGCCUAGGAUGCAGGGUACGGCUCUCAGCAGCCCCCUCCCACCCCAACUGCCCGCGUGGCAUGUGGUUCUGCAUGCUCCCCGGCAACUUGAACUUGGUCUUCCUUUUACGGGGAAGGAAUGGAGCUUGUAUACAGAGAGGAGGAGGGCGGCCUGAGGCUCCCCUGACCUGGAUUCUGGCACUUGCAGGUGUAGAGCUGCUGAAGUGCGGGGGUGCCAGCCUUCUUCACAGAGCCGGAGGUUGCCCUCCCCAGAGGGAAUGCUGGGCUUGGAGACGGGCUGACAGACCCCAGCUGGCUGCUACCAGAACCUGCCACUUCCUUUUCUUAGCUACUCCAUGGUCUCACAGCUGGGGCCCCCAGGCUUCCAAAAGUUGUCACCAUGUAGCAGGGGUUCUUGGCUACAAGUCACCCAUGUCCCCACCCAAAGUGUACAGAGAAUCCUGCAUGCAGGAACUGACACACAACCUGUUGCUUGUGUGGUGUCCUGUUGGUGCUGGGUAGGCUGGGGCUGCUCUGAUGAGCUGUGUGUUAGUGGGGUCUGUAUGA